UCCCGUCACCAUGUGGAUUUGUUAUUACUCUCCGUUGUUUUUGUUUUCGGUUUUUGUGGAUUAAUAAUUUUUUAAAAUUUAUUCUAUAAUGUUAAAGACACUAAAUAUAAUUUAACAGCAGGAACUUAAUUAUAAAUAAGAAAAAUAAUUUCAGAAUGAAUACCAACAAUGAAACUGGUGAAAAGAAAAAGAAUAAUAAACUCUUAGAAACUUCAUUCUUGCUUACUGUCACUGGGGUAUCUAUUCUUGGUGGAUUUGGAAUGGCUUUAGCCUUGGCGAAAAAAAGAGACCCCGUCUAUUUUUUCAAAGGUAUGAUGCCCACCAAAGAGCUCCCCGAGAGUGGCGGGGCAUUGGCAAUGAAAGCUCUCGGCUGGGGCACAUUUUAUGCUGUUUCUGGUUUCAGCGUCUUCUGUUUCGGAGUGUGGAAAAUGAUGGGAGUGAAAAAUCUUGAAGAAUUUCGUUUGAAAGUUGGCAAUGCUCUUCCAAGAAUUCCGAAAUCAGAAAAUCCUGGACGCUCUGAGUUCAAAAAUUUGCGUGAGCUCUUGAAUUAUAUCAUAGAAGAAGAUAAAAAAGGAAAGAAAGACAGUUGAUUUUUCUUGUUUCAUAGGAAUGUGCCAUUUUUGAAUUAUUGUGUUCAUUUUUGAAUGUAAAUUAUCUUAUUAGAAGAUAAACUUUCAGUGCAUCUGUCGUGUGUAUCAUAGAGAUUAAGAUUUAAAUGUAUUUGAAUUUAAAAAAAAUUAAAAACCUUAGUCUUUGUUUUAUUU